CAAAAAAAAGCCCUUCCCCUUCUACCUUAGAAACUCGGCCGCCCAAAGAUUUUCUUCCCCUUCUUCGGAAACACUUCGUCAUCUCCGCAUCUCUGCCAGAAAUUCCUCCGCCUUUCUUUCUCUCUCUAGCCGCUGAUUCUCGGCGUCGUAGGCUCCGAUUCUAGCUUCCGCCGCCUUCGAUUGUCACUGUCGUCGCCGCCUAUUGUCGUCGUCGCCGCCUAGUUGCCGACAAAUCUAGUUGCCGACAAAUCUAAGAUCUCUCCCCUCACCAUCAACGCCUCCUCAUUUCCGGUCAGUUUUAUCUCCCUCUCUUCCCCUUUCUCAUCGUGGAAAAGUUUUUAUUUUUAUAGCAUUUUAGGACAAGAAUCUGUUUGAAUCAGAUUCUUGUCCAGAGCCACCCACGGCCCACCCAUCCUCACCCUCACCCACCGGCACCGCCGCCCUAUUCUUCUUCUUCGAUGUUAUGUUUUAUUACAAAAUCUAAGUGAUUAUGCAAGAAAUGUGGUUGAGAAAAAGGCAAGGGAAGAAGCUGGAAAGGUUUUGAUCCGCAUGAAAGAUAGUUUCUCAACAGUCUUCAAUCAUGACAAUGAUUCGAUGCCAAGGGUCAGGACUGGGAAAGAAGACAUUAGAGCUAUUACAAAGGAAGCUCGUUCUGCUGUGCUUUGCUUUGCUAUUUGUAUUGGCCAAAGCAUAUGGCGAGCUACCACAAGGUUAUUGAAGGUUACAGCAGAGAGUUCCUAGCCUCUCGCGGGAUUUUAAACGAGGUGGGUGAGAAUGAUUCAGUUCCAAUUAUUCCUGCAUAUAGUAUACUGAUUGAUAAUUUUGUGAAGGCUGGAAAACUGGAAGUGGCUUUGGAGUUGUAUGAGGAGAUUUCAUCCUCUACACACUUAACUCCUUUGAGCAGGAAUAUGUAUAAUUCAAUUAUUGAAAGCCUCUCAAAUACAAGUAAGGUUGGAAAGGGAUUUGAACUGUUUGCAGAUAUGUUAAGGCGAGGUGGAAUUCCGGAGUUAAGUACGUUUGUUCAACUUAUCAAAGGACUAACUAGAGUUAAUAAGUGGGAUGAAGUUCUUCAGCUAUCGGAUAGCAUAUGUCAGAUGCUAUAUUGCCGGAAUAAAUGCAUGCUGCUGCUGCUGCUGCUGCUUUGUUGUUGUUGUUGUUCUUCUUCUUCUUCUUCUGCUGCUGCUUUGUUGCUGUUGUUGUUGUUGUUGUUGUUUGUAGCUAUAUUGCCGGAAUAAAGCUGCUGCUGCUGCUGCUUUGUUGUUGUUGCUAUUGUUGUUUGUAGCUAUAUUGCCGGAAUAAAUGCAUGCUGCUGCUGCUGCUGCUCGUUGUUGUUGUUGUUUGUAGUUAUAUUGCCGGCUGCUGCUGCUCGUUGUUGUUGUUGUUGUUUGUAGCUAUAUUGUCGGCUGCUGCUGCUGCUGCUCGUUGUUGUUGGUGGUGUUGUUGUUGUUUGUAGCUAUAUUGCCGGAAUAAAUGCAUGCUACUGCUAGCUGCUGCUGCUACUGUUGUUAUUGUUGUUGUUGUUUGUUAGAGCGUUUAAUUCUUGUAAUAUUAAGAUUUUACUAGUACAAUAUUUGCAUA